AUGCUAAGGCACCAGUAUAUCUCUUUUAAGAACUUUGUUGGAUCCAAUGAAGCACCCCAGGCAGUGUUCACCUUCCUUCUGAUUCCAUGUUGUUUGGCUUUGGACUUUACAGCACCCCCUCUCAUUCCAAAUAUUCCUUUCCUAUGGGCCUGGAAUGCCCCAACUGACCGUUGUGGUAAAAUAUUUGACAUGCCUCCAGAUCUGAGCCUCUUCUCUUUAGUAGGAAACACCCAAAAAAAUGUUACAGGACAACUUAUUACAUUAUUUUAUGCUGAUAGGCUUGGCUACUAUCCUCACAUAAAUGAAAGAACAGGUGUCCAUAAGAAUGGUGGAAUCCCUCAGGUGGGUUCCUUAAAAAAACAUUUGGACAAAGCUGAAAAAGACAUUACCUAUUACAUGCCAAUCAACAACGUGGGCUUGGCAGUCAUUGACUGGGAAAACUGGAGGCCUACCUGGGUAAGAAACUGGAAACCUAAACAUGUUUACAAGAAUGAGUCUAUUGAGUUGGUUCUGCAGCAAAAUACACAACUUCCUUUGGAAGAGGCUGCCAAGAGAGCGAAAGCGGAUUUUGAAAAGGCAGCAAAGAAUUUCAUGCAAGAGACUUUAAAAUUGGGCAAGUUACUUUGGCCAAAACGCUUAUGGGGUUAUUAUCUUUUUCCUGAUUGUUACAAUUAUCCUUAUAACCAACCUAGUUACAAUGGAAAUUGCUUUGAUGAAGAGAAAAGAAGAAAUGAUGCACUCAACUAGUUGUGGAAGGAAAGCACUGCCCUUUACCCCUCUGUUUAUUUGAAUACCAAGCUAAAAUCUUCUCCACAAGCUGCCCUCUUUGUUCGUAAUCGUGUUCAGGAAGCCAUUCGGAUGUCUAAAAUUGCCAGUGUUGAAAGUCCACUUCCGGUUUUUGUAUACACUCGUCCAGUUUUUACCGAUAUGUCUUUGAAAUUCCUUUCUCAGGAUGACCUUGUGAAUACAAUUGGUGAGAGCAUUGCUCUAGGUGCUUCUGGAAUUAUAAUGUGGAGAAGCUUCAACUUAAGCCUAACUAGGCAAUCUUGCAUGAACCUAGACAAUUACUUGAAUACUAUACUGAAUCCUUAUAUAAUCAACGUCACUCUAGCAGCCAAAAUGUGUAGCCAAGUGUUUUGCCACGAGAAAGGAGUGUGUACAAGGAAAGACUGGAAUUCAACGGACUAUCUUCACCUGAACCCAAUGAAUUUUGCUAUUCAAAGACAGAGAUGUGGAAAAUACACCAUACAUGGGAAACCCACACUUGAAGACCUGCUACAAUUUUCUGAAAGUUUUUAUUAAAGUUGUUAUGCCAACAUCCAUUGUAAAAGAGAUAUAAAAAACAUUCGUACUAUUAAUGUAUGUUUUGCUGAAGAUAUUUGUAUAGAAGCUUCUCUAAACUCAGACCACAGUGAGUACUCUUCUAGCCAGAAAGAGAUAUCUUCUACCACUUUUAGCCCUGUCUCAUCCUCCACACCAACUGCCAAAGUGUCUGCACGUGUUCCUGGGAAAGAUCAUGUGCCCCUCAAAAUCAGGCUUUCAGAGGAAGCCCUCUCCAACACCACCCAAAGGGGCCAUAAGAGUGUUGACUGGAAAAAUACAUUCCAUCAGUUAUACAUUCAAAACAUUAAAAAUGAAACAAACUAUUAA